AUGUCAGCGCCUCUCACUUCCACUCAUCGCCUCUCACUUCCACUCAUCGCCUCUCACUUCCACUCAUCGCCUCUCACUUCCACUCAUCGCCUCUCACUUCCACUCAUCGCCUCUCACUUCCACUCAUCGCCUCUCACUUCCACUCAUCGCCUCUCACUUCCACUCAUCGCCUCUCCUUCCACUCCUCUCGUCACACGCCACGCCACGAGUGAGCCCUCGGAGGCUCAUCGCCGCUUCUCAUCCGCGCAUCACCUCUGGCAGCACUGCUGCCGCUGGUCCUUCCAGCCCGUCUCGCCCCACCUGUUGAUUGCCAUGGGUUUGCAUUCCCACGGCACGGCUAUGCGGAGCCUCGUGCUCGCUGCACUGGCUGCUCUCAUGCUCUCAUCCUGUGCGCCCAGGGCUGCUGCCAUUCGCCAUUCGCACGGCCUGCUGACAGCUGCUUCAAGCACCGCCGCUGACCACAUUUACGCACUCAAGGCGUGUGGCAUCAACGGCAAGUGCGUCAAGGACAGUGCUGGAGUGGCGUCCUGCGUGUGCAACCCUGGCUUCAUGGUGCAGGCUGACAAGACUACAUGUGCUGACACUUGUGCUCUCAAGAAAUGUGGGGCUAAUGCUAAGUGUGUGAAGAGCGCAGCUGGAGUGGCUACCUGUGUGUGUGGUACUGGCUUCGCGCUGCAGGCUGAUGGCGUCACAUGCACCGACACAUGCGUGCUCAAGAAGUGUGGCGUCAACGGCAAGUGCGUCAAGAACGCUGCUGGAGUGGCGUAUUGCGUUUGCGACGCUGGCUUUGCUCUACAGACUGACGCCUCCACAUGCACUGGUGCGUGCUCAAUCCCCCAUGCACUGGUGCGUGCUCAAUCCCGCAUGCACUGGUGCGUGCUCAAUCCCGCAUGCACUGGUGCGUGCUCAAUCCCGCAUGCACUGCUGCGUGCUCAAUCCUGCAUGCACUGGUGCGUGCUCAAUCCCGCAUGCACUGAUGCGUGCUCAAUCCUGCAUGCACUGGUGCGUGCUCAAUCCCGCAUGCACUGGUGCAUGUGUUGUCCGCAGAAAUCUUUCAAGGGGGUGUCGUGCUGUGCUGUGCUGUCACCGGCGCAAGGGUGUGUGCGUUGA